GACAAAUACAAAACAGGGGUCUGUGUAAGAUCUCAUUGCAUUCACUUCCGCUUUGAACUGUUGGACAGCAAGGAGUUGUUACUUAGAGGAUUAAUAAAUGUGUCAAUUCCCACUGAAAUCAACAUUUUUAUUUAAAAACAAAAUUCAGCUAAAUGUGAAAGCACUUCAACAAGCUGAAUUGUUUUAAUGGACUGAAGAAUCCCUUUAAUAGCUAUUGAAGUGGGAUAAUCAAAUUAUACAUUCAAAUGAGAAUUCUGAGAUUGGGACCGGUUACAUGGCUUCUUUGUUUCAGACAACAAGUUGAGGGACAUGGGGAUGGCUAGAUACAAUAAAAUGUAGUAUCCGUAGAAAUCUGUCUAAUCUUGGAAGUCCGUGUUAAGCUGCAAGUGCAAUGGGUGCAUUAACCCGUUCUAACAGCCUAUCAUUGCUGUCCAAGGUUGAAUGGAUAAUGAAGAAUGAUUGAUUGCUGUCCAAGGUUGAAUGGAUAAUGAAGAAUGAUUGAUUGCUGUCCAAGGUAGAAUGGAUAAUGAAGAAUGAUUGAUUGCUGUCCAAGGUUGAAUGGAUAAUGAAGAAGGGACAUUUCUGCGUUAUGAUGUCAGCAACUGAGCAGUCGGGCUUGGCUACCAAAAGUACAGUUUUUUUUACCAAACCGCAUGAAAAUUGUAAUACCAAGGAUUACACAUAAGGCUCCUUAAAUGUUAACCACUACAAAAAGUUGUACCUGGUAUUAUUAACAUGAAUACCAGUUCUUUGCCCUAUAGUUUUAUUUGAUAGCCCAAUACUAUGUUUUAAUUGAUACAAAAUUAAUUUGUACAUUUAUGAGCUGACAUAGCACACAGCAUCACCCAGGUCAAUUUAUUGUGUGAUAACGAGCAAGUACAUUUGUUUGACUGGACAUUACGCAUUAUAUUAUAUUACCUCUAUAAUAAUGAUAUAGUUUUCAUUCUGUUGAUUUAUAACAUUUUUUUUUUUGCUUUUACCAGAUACCUCGAUGACGAGUGCUAGGCCUGCAGGAUUCCACAUGGAGAAUUAUUAUGAAGAUUGUAUAGCUAACAGUAAAUCUGUUAUUCAUCAAACAGGACACAGCCCAGAUAGAAGACAGCAGAAUAAACCCAUGGAGAUUAUGACUGAGGAAUCAGCCUUACAUCUGAAUGCAAAUUUAACCGACAUUGGUAUGAAUACACAGGCAGGGCAUCAACAGCUAAAGGAUAGAUCAAAUCAAAUUAAAGGGGAACUUGUUUCUGGUAAAGAAGGAAAUCUCACAGGCACUGAUACUUUUAUACGCAUAGAAUAUACACAAACCAAAUAUCCAUAUACUCAUAUUAAGGAGGAAUCAGCUUUGUGUGAAGACAGAAAACUAGCAGAUACUAACAUUUAUACACCCACAGCUCCUGCACAGACCACAGCUCCUGCUACACAUAUUAAGGAGGAAUUAGCCUCCUGUAAAGAAGGAAAUCUCACAGACACUGAUGUUUGCAUGCCCACAAUCAGUACACAGACAAAAUACUCAUCUGCUCAUUUUAAGGUGGAAUCAGCUUUGUGUGAACAAGAAAACCUCUCAGACGUUUGUACAAACACAGAACGUACACAGAUGGAACAUCCAUCUAACCCUAUUAAGGAGGAAUCAACCUCAUGUGGACAUGGGGAAAUCACAGACACUGACAUUUACACACAGGCAGAAUAUACUUCUGUUCUUAUUAAGGAGGAAUCUGUCUCAUAUAAAGAAGGCAAUCUCACAGACACUGACAUUUACACACCAACAGAACAGACAGGACAUCCAUCUACUCCUAUUUACCAUGAAUUAUCCACCAGGAAGGAAGGACCUUUAACCAACACCAACCUUUACAGACUAGAAAAGCCUAUUCAAACAGAAAAUACAUUUAAUAAUGCAGAACACCACAAAAUGUGGAUUAAUACACCUAACAUAAAUGAGGAUUCAUCUCUAGUUUACAUAAAUCUUCACAGAAAGUCACCUACUCUGUGUCCACAAGAUCUGUGCGGAUCUGAUACCUUGUGUAAUUGCUUAGACUGUCAGAGAUGUUUUAUCACUAACUCAGAUUAUGUUAAAUACCAGACUGUUUCUCAUCAGCAGCAGCCUGGAGAUAUUUCAUAUCCAUGUUAUGAAUGUGGAAAAUGUUUUAGCCAAAAGUCUUAUCUCAUUACACACCAGAAGAUUCAUACAGAAGAGAAACCAUUUUCAUGUUCUAUAUGUGGCAAAUCAUUUGUCUAUAAGAGUUAUUUGAAAAAGCAUCUCCGAUUUCAUAUAGGAAACAAGCCAUUUUCAUGUUCUGAAUGUGGUAAAGAAUUCUAUUUUAAAGCACAUCUUGUUUCCCAUCAGAGGAUUCACACUGGAGAGAAGCCAUUUUCGUGUUCUGAAUGUGGGAAAAGCUUUAAUCGGGACUCAAAUCUUCUUAGGCAUCAGAGAAUUCACACUGGGGAGAAACCAUUCUUGUGUACACUCUGCAGGAAAUGUUUUAGCCGUGAUGCUUAUCUGGUUUCCCAUCAGAGGACUCACAUGAAAGAAAAGAGAUUUUGUUGUACUGUAUGCGACACAUGGUUUGUACAUAAAAACCAGCUCAUUACUCAUCUGAAAAUUCACAUGUGA